AUGUCCGACGUACUCGGGUACCUCAACGGGGUGCUGCACCGAGUUUCGGCGACGUUCAUGCCGACUGAGAUGGACGACAUCGCCUCGUUCUUGCGCGGGGAUGCGUGGGUGGUCGCAACGGCGGCCCCCGCGUCGGCUCAGCAGACAGCACAGACAUCCUCCACAGCAGCGACCGACUUGUCGCGUGGGGUCACAAGGCGGACUAGGGUUAGUUACCCUCUUGGCGCUACACACUGGGGUCACUUCAUCCCGCUCGGUGUUGCAGGCACGACGCUCGUCUCCGCCGCCACUUCCGGAAGCCGAGCGGUGCUGCUCAAUUUCUUCGAGAGCAACGGAUUCGAGCAGGUGUUUACCGUGAGUCUCGUGCCGACCGAGCAGCAGCAGGAGCAGCCGCACGUGCAUCUGGCGGCACCAGGGACAAUGGAGGGUGCGGGUACCGCUGGGGACGCCGCUCUCUCUCGCGAUGGUCACCGUCACGCGGACCUCUGGCGCACCCAACGGGUUUCGUCCUUCUCGCCCAACGACACUGGCAAUACGACCGCCUUUCGUAAGCGGGCUCGGUCCAAUGCACCGUCGUCUGCGGUCAUCGACGUGUCGCUGGACACUCGCUAUAGCACUACUGCGGAGGCAGCGCGACACGCGUGCAUGGCUGCUGCGCGUCGCUGGUUCGAGGGGGUCGAGGAGAAGGCUCUGCUGGCCGCCGAUGAGCUGAGCGAGGGCGGAGAUGGAGGUGCGCGGCGUAGCCACAAAACGCACCUUCGGCGUCUGCUCAUUAUAGUGCGGUGCUGCACAGACAACCGUGUCGCGUUCUCCACCCGUGGCGGCGCCACAAGCGCUGCGCAGGCGUCAUCGUCGGGCACAGGCCGCCGUCACCGCCGCGGCGAAGACCCUUUAUACCUGCUGCUCCAUGACCUCGCAGCUCUCACGACGUUAUACGAGGUGCGGCUGGCUCCCACGUGCUGCGCGGCGCGGCCUGCGGUGCUCCUGCUGCCAGAAGACGACAGCUAUGGCGGCUCCAUGUUGAGGCAGCAGCUCCGGGAGGAAGUGGGACACCGGUAUUGGGUUGAGCUUUUCCUGCAGUCGGAUGGCGCAUCGAGCGGCGUCUCCGCGCACCAUGGUGAAGCUGGCGCGGCGGACGCCAGCCGAGGAGCACGGAAAGGUGACGGGUGGAGAACAAGGCUGAUCGGCUGCAGCAGCGGUGCGAGUGGCGCGCCUGGUGGGUUGGGUGGCAUCUUGCGACAACGGCAGCACGAGCAGGCCGAGACGCCGCUCGAACGGGGCUGCCGCCUGGCGGCACAGUGGGGUGUUCUGGACCUGCCAGCGGCAAUGCGAAGCGAGCAGCUACGCGCUGGAGGUGAGGCGGUCAGGUCCUCUGUGGCGAGCUCAUCUCCUUCUGAUGGCGUUCCUGGUGGUGGUAGCGCUCCUGAGCAGCUGCCGUCAUCCAUUGCAGGCGGCCCUCGACCUACGGAGCGCGUGUCUGCUCAGCAACGGGAGGAGGGACUGCGCCGCCACGCAUCAUGCUUUUUCCUGCGCCCCAGCAACGCACCGCUGUGUGUCUUCUUGAUGGAGGCACUGCGCCGCUUUCCGGUGCUUGUUCGGCCAGCUGUGCUGCAGCACUGGCAGUCCACCUGGACCGCACGUCACUCCUUGAUGGAUGUGCUGCUUGCCUUCCACACCGCCCUCUGCCCCUUCGUGUUGUCCUCUUCCUCUGCUGGGGUUACCGCCGCUUGUCAAGCGCCGCCUUCGCCAUCGUGGACAAAAGAUGGAUCGCCUUUUCCAGGUUCCACGAUGCUGCAGGAUACCACGGACCUCUUGGAUGCCUUGCUGUGCGCCGCAUUCGCCCUCGCUGAGGAGCGCGAUGCCGCGCAGCCGCUGUCUGUCAACGACUUUGUAAUCGAGCAAGCAACCCUGUUCCUUCUUCUCUAUGAGGCGCUCGUGCAUCAGCGCGAGGGUCGACUGCGCCGUAUCCCCGGUGUGGUGCGCGUCCUCCUCGGACUCUCGGACCGGUGUGCUAGUGCCGCUGCGGAGAACUGCCCCGCUGACGAGGCUACCGCAUGUUUGCCGCGUGGUGGGGCCACAACGGACGAGAAGGCUCAUCAUGCGGUGCGCCAUCUUCUUCCUUUUGCGCCGCUGAACCUCUUCUACGAGCGAGUCGCUCAGCUGGCGGCCCCCUCACGCAAGGGGCAUAACAGCCGACGUGAAGUGCAGCCGUACCCGAUGAACUCGAUCGCGCUACCCAUCCGCCGCGUGUCCCUUGCGCCGCAACUGCAGCACAGCACGUUGCUUGCGUUGUUGCCGCCUGGGGAGUCGCUGCUGGAACUGCAGGGGGUGGCGGAGCGCGUGUGGCGGGAGGAGCUCCCCUCGUGCUGGCAGCGUGCCGUCGCAGCCGUGGCGGGCACGCGUGAUGGCCACACAAGCACACGCCUCUCCCCUGCCGCGCUGCGGGGGACCAGUGACGACGCCGGCGCCUCUGCACCCACUCAACUUAGUGCAGAGAACUUCUACAAUCCUCUGGUACCACACGCCGUGCGAGUGCUGUACCUCCUCACCGCACACGCCCUGCGCGCGCCGACCGAAGCGGCGAAGCAAGUGCCGAUUGUGCAGCUACAGAUGAUCUGCCAGCUGUCUGACGAGCAGCUGCUCCUCGUGCUCAAGGAGCUGCAGGUUGCGGGGCUCGCGAGUACAAAUCUCAAGACGAAGUCAGCGCGGACGCUGCUUGACACAAUGUGA